UUAUGCACUUUACAUUAAACGUCUAGUCACAAAUGAAAUAUUUUAAUAAUAGCUAAAUGUCUAUAACGACCUUUACUUACUUAAUAAUAAUUUUUAAUUUUUUUUAUUUAUAGUAGAUAAAUUACCAUAACUCAAAUUUAAAAUGGUUUGUUCGAGAAUAAAUAGAGAACUAUUGAUGCUUAAAAUUCACUUCUUUCUCGCAAUGGGUGGCAUGGGGUCGUUUUUCCCAUUCUUACCCACUAUUGCCAGGCAACGGGGUUAUUCAGUGCUGGUGGCUGGCAUGUGUCAUACAUUAAUACCUAUCCCAGGACUGCUGCUGAGACCGUUAAUAGGAGCCAUCGCGGAUACCCACAACUGUCGUAGAAGAGCUUUCAUUCUUAUAGAACUUGUUCAAUUUAUCGCAACGACUGCAUUAAUAUUUGUACCAGGGGCAUCGGCCUUGGAAGUAUUCGACGACACUGCCGUUUUUGCGAUGCCUUUGUUUUGGAUGUACUAUGGUGUUGUUUUUGUAGGAACGUUUGCCAUGACCUCGCGAGGUACAUUGGAGGACACGAUUAGUGUAAACGCCUUAGGCAAAGAUUCACAUAAAUACGGCGAACUAAGAGUUUGGGGAUCUAUCGGUUGGGGAUCUAUGUCAUUUUUGUCUGGUGCGUAUGUCGAUUGGUUUAGUCAAGGGCAAACCGACAAAGAUUACACUCCUGCGUUUUUGAUUUCAAUGUUUUGUUCAUUACUAGACAUGUAUAUUUCUUCAAAAAUCAAGAUCGUGCAGGAAAAUAAAGAUCAAAGGUUAUCUGGUGAUUUUAAAAAGAUGUUUAUCGAUAAAAGACUAAUCUUAUUACUUCCAACGGUUUUAGUAUUCGGAUUUUUUGUGUCUUCUAUUGCACAUUAUCAAUUUUGGUAUCUUGAAGAUUUGAUAAAAAUGCAUCACCCUGAAAAUAAACCUUGGAUUAAGACUAUUCAAGGACUUUGCCUUAGCGUUCAAUGUUUUGGUGGUGAAAUUCCUUUAUUUUUUUCCUCUAGUUUUAUAAUACGACGUUUAGGACACAAGAAUAUAUUUUCUUUGUCGUUUUUUACACUUUCACUAAGAUUGUUUCUCUAUUCUAUAAUUGAAAAUCCGGUUUGGGUUUUACCCGUUGAAGUUCUCCAUGGGAUUACGUUUGCGUUGACUUUUGCAUCUGUUAUCUCGUAUACAGCAAAGUUGACUCCUGCCGGCGCCGAAGGGACUUAUCAAGGAUUUAUAGGAAUGAUGUACUAUGGAAUAGGGAUUCCUUUAGGUGGUCUAGUCUGUGCAUUUUCAGUACAUCGUGUGGGAAUCAUUAGUACAUUCACAUUGCUAAGUAUAGUGGCGGCUAUAGCUUGUAUCACACAAAUAAUAAUUAAUAUAUUCGUUCGAAGAUCAAAAGCCAACUCUAUAGUUAAAAAUGAUGUUGAACCUAAAAAUGAGCUGACUACCACUAUUUAAAAAAUAACGAAGUGACAAAAUUCGCUUCUUAUAAUGCAAGCAACUAUUUAAAUGUACAGCUGUGGUAUUUAAGCUUAGAGACAAUAUUAGUAGUUUAAUUGUAUGGUUUUUGUUUGUAUCAGAUAAAAUCCCAGUUUCCCAAUUGCUAUUUUACUCGUCCCAAUAUUUUUUAUGAUGAUGACAAAAGUUUCACAUAUUUUCUCUGAAAAUAAAACCCCUGUUCCUAAUUAAAAUCCGAUUAGUUUUUGCACUUAUAAACAAUAAUUAUCCUAAGUUACUACAACUAGAUUAUCUAUAGCAUUAUAUUAUGUAUACUUGUAUUUUACUUCCUAUACACUUAAACUGUUUUUGUAGUGUCAAUAUUGCAUUUUGUUCUUAAGUGGACGCCACACCGACCAUUUCUAAGGAGUAAAGUAUAAGCAAUUUUUUCAAAACAUAUUUUUCCUAAUUCUCUUACGUUUUACUUUUUAGCUUCAGUACUUAGCUAAACAUUUUUUUUACAACGAUGAAAUAAAAUUUUAUUAAUUGUAUCUUCUGAUACAAAGCCAGAAAUUACACUUUGACCGUAGUCAAUUCCUAGGUUCUUACGUGUGAAUCAACUGUCAAUAAAUAUUCAAAAAUUUGUUUAAAAAUUAUACUAUUAGUUAUAAUGUAUGUAUAUUGUAUAACUAUGACAAUACAUAUAGACGGACAAUCCACCCUAAUAGUAAAAAUACAUUUAUAAGCACUAUAUUGUUAUUACGUAUGUACGAUCUGUAACAUAUUAAUUGUAUUUUUACCAUCAGUGUCGAAGCGUUUAUUUAAAAGAGUUUUUUAUCACUUUCAGAUGUAAUAAUUCUUAUAGCUUUGUGUGACCUUUUCCGAUCCUACUGAACUGACUUUUUUUAAAUUUUUUU